CAUAGAAUCAAGUACGAAGAAAAGCAAAACUCUUCUCUUCAUCUAGAAGUUCCUUGAUAACCGGAAGUAUAAGUACCAACAAAUUUGAAAUCUUACCUGUUUCAAGUUCAUCUCGUACUUGCGGAUGACUUUAACAGCAACGUCUUUCUCAAGCUCGAAAGAAUAUGCCUUGUAUACUUUGCUGUAGGCUCCACUAUACAUCACCAUUAAUAUUCUAUCCUUUAUGAGACUGAUCAUCCACUUACUCUCCCAAUUUCUCCUUUAAUUGAAACUUUUCUAAACCAGGAAAAUGAAUAGAUUCAGAAGAAUCAGCUUCUGCAUUACGACUUUGCUGGCUAGUUAUGUCAGCAGACUUUUCUGAACCGAGAGCUUUCUUGCCCUUCUUUCGGUCCUUAUUUGGUUUGACGGCUUUAAUGAAUUUUCGAAAUCCCUAAUGCAUUGUUAUUAGUUUUAGUUAAAGACUAAUUUCUGUACCGUCAAAAUUGACAUAGUGCCAUUUGGUAUUUGUUGUUGGUAGAAUUGAGUUUCAGCAUAUCAAACCGGUCUCAUUUCAGCUAGUUCACCUUCCCCCAAAAAGGACUACCGAACUAUUGUAGAUAUAUCUGCAAAAUAUCUUUAUUCCUUCAAAUAUAUAGAUGAUUGAUUUGAUGAACUUUUAAUCAAUGAUACAUUCACUGGGCUAAUUAAUCCUACAAGAGGGGACUCGAUACAUUCAAUCCAUGCUAUAAUGUUUUCGACGCGCUGGGACGCAAUAGUUAGUGCUGAUACUCAAUUACAAAAUAUUCAGGCGUUGAUAGAUGAGUACGACAAACUCGUCGCAAGUACAAGACCGAUUUGGAAGGAGCGGCUGCGACAUUUAAUUACUUUGGGUUUACUACUAAGAAACCGUAAAGGGAAUGCAUGGUUAUAUAUUUUAAUAUUUUUCAAAGUUAUAUCGAGCUCACUUUCUCAAAGCAGAACGAUAUGUUUUCGAAAGCUUGAACGCGCUGGAAAUGGAUUUUUCACUAUUAUCGCUUUGAUUAAAGGCCUUGUCGCUUUUCGGGGCCAAAAUACUUUUGUGAAUAUAUUCCAAAGUUUUAUCAGUACAGAAAACAUGCUUCCGAACUUUGAUGCUCAUAAUGAAGGACCUACUGGUGUAAUUGAUCAAACGAUUCUUAUGCGACGAAUUGUCAUGGGUCUGUUUGAUGGUUUAUUUGAAACCCGUCUCCCAGCGACCCUAUGGUUCAAAUAUAAAGAACUUCAAAACACAACAAAAAAAAUUGAUUGUCGGCCAAAUGAAUGUGCGUUCUGCAUUUUACGGGACGAGGAUAAUGCUACCCUCACGAAUCCGUACAGUGCUAAUUGUCACCAUACCUUUUGUUACGCCUGUGUCAUGUCACGAAAAGAGCUGAUAGUCGAUUUAACCUGUCCCAUAUGCCAGACUAAAAUCCACCGUUGUAUUCCGGACACCAAUUAUGGCUAGAUUUUAUAAUCGACGUUUAUGUUUUGCUAGUCAAUAAAACCAAUUCCCACUUUUGCGUGCUUGAACAAGGUGUAUUUAACCACAUAAAACAGGAAAAUACUACACAGUGUAAAUUUAUUUACUUCAUCAACUCUACAGGAUAAGCUUACAUUUUACAAUCAAUUACUCAAUGUCAGGUUAUACGCACCGAAAACAGUCUUAUUUGAUUUCCGAUAAUCAAGGAAGUUAUUUAGAUAGAGCAGCUCAGACAAAGCUUUCCGGCUCAACCUUUACCCUUUACUUUUGGGAAGACAUUUGCUUAAGCUUUUGCUUAACAAUCUUUUGUUCCUCGAUCAAAAAGGCACGAACAAUACGGUCCUUAACGGCGUUGGCACUCAAGUUACCGCCAUAAGCACGUUGGACAGUCUUCUUGUUGUGGGAAAGACGAGCAAACUCACGAGGACGCAGAGCGGGAAUACCUUGCAAAGGAACGCCUGUGUCACCGCAACGAGGGAUGGUGCCAAGCUUCUUGAUAUGCAAAUAGCGGAGUUUGUUACCAGGAGUCUUAAUGAUUCUGGUCUUGUUGCUACGAGUGUUGUAAGCAAGGCGACGGCGGUAGGUAACUCGUUGAGCCAUUUUGAUCUUUUUUUCGUUUGUUCUGCGCAGGUUCUUUUUUGUACCUCUUGAGCAAUUGUGUUGAGCGUGACUGUUUUUUUGCAGUUCUUUAUGAACAGUUCACCUCAUAAAACCAAAUGAACGCAAAAUUUACACUAUAUCCGUAUAAGCUUUAACGACGUACCCCA